CCAUGAUUUUGAUGAUAAUCAAUUUUUUUGAGGGUGACAGGUUUUUUUAGUCCUUUCUGUUGGCAAAACUGGAAAUGUUACGGUUUGGCGUCUGUAAAUUGUUUAGGUUUGUGUGUAUUGAAAUAAAAAGAAGAGUGUACUUUCAAAUACUUCUCAAGUUAUUUUGUAAAAGUGGACCAUGUUAAUAAAAGUAAAGACGUUGACCGGCAAAGAGAUUGAAAUCGACAUAGAGCCAACUGACAAAGUGGAACGCAUCAAGGAACGAGUGGAGGAGAAGGAAGGAAUCCCACCGCAGCAACAGAGGCUAAUAUUCUCUGGCAAGCAGAUGAACGAUGAGAAGACUGCUCAAGACUACAAGGUCCAGGGUGGUUCGGUGCUGCAUCUAGUGUUGGCUCUGCGCGGCGGUGCGGGCCAGCUGUGAGCACGGAGCUGGCGAUGCGCGGCCAUGCUGGCACAGAGCGCCAACACCCACUUGAUGCACUCUCUCAAGUCUGCCUGCUUCUGUCAGUACCAAGCUUGUAAAUAAAAGCCUCUCAUUUUUCAGCUA